UUAAAUACAUAACAAAGUUUCUACGCUUAGAACAACUUUAACCGAUAAAUUAGAAACAUUAACUCGUAUGGCCGAUAACCAAGUUUCCCGUUUCAAAACAAAUUAUAUUCCAGCUUUAUGAACAUAUAAUUAUGUUUUACGGAGAUUGUAUGAGGUCAAUUCUAUAAAAAAAGAACUGAACGUACCUAAGUCUUAUUUCAAGGUGAAGUGCACUCUGAAAAUUUAAUGCAAGGACGAGGAAUAGCUGACUUGCCACAAUCAACUUGUCAACCAAUGAAAUAUGAGGAGUCACCUCCCUUAAGUCAUUAAGCUACGUCUUUUCGAGAAAAAACUUCACUUGGUCAAUGUUAACUAUCAAAUUUGUUCAGUCGCACAUGAACUUCAGAUAAGUCUAACACGGACCUUCGAAAAUGUCCUUCGAAAUAAAAAAUAAUUUCUUUCGAACUAGUGUACCAAUUCCUAACGGUUUUCCUGUGCAAACGGAGGCGAAAUCUAAGAAUAAACCCAUAUUUCUGGAUGUAUCACCAGCGCCUACACCUAAAGUCAACUCUCCGAAUGCGAUUAUACCCAUGAAGAAUAAUCUAAUAGAUCCAUUUAUUAAUAAGGACAUAAUUUAUGAAAACAUUAAACCUGUUUUCAUGGUUCUCAGGAUAAUGGGGGUUCUUCCUUUAACCAGAACGACUUCAGGGGUGAAUGAAUUUCAUUUUAUAUCACCUGCGAUGGUUUACUCACUCACCGUGUUUAUUAUUCUUGUUAGUUAUAUUUCGUAUUUAUCUCUUCAUAAAGUUCAAAUUGUACGCAACUCCGAAGGGAAAUUUGAAGAAGCCGUCAUCGAAUACUUAUUUACCGUGUAUCUGUUCCCGUUGACUGUCGUGCCAAUUUUAUGGUAUGAAACACGUAAAAUUGCCAACGUUCUGAACGGUUGGGUCCAAUUUGAGGUAACAUAUAAGCAACUCUCAAAUCGGAUUCUUCCAGUUAAACUCUACAAAAAAUCAUUAUUGAUUGCAAUUAUAAUACCUAUUCUAUCAACCACUUCAGUUAUAGUGACGCAUGUUACCAUGGUACAUUUUAAAACAUCGCAAAUCAUCCCUUACGUUUUCCUUGAAAUUUUGACGUACAUGCUUGGUGGAUACUGGUAUCUUCUCUGCGAGAUAUUAAGUCUUUGUGCCAACGUCUUAGCCGAUGACUUUCAACAAGCCCUUCGCCACGUAGGGCCAGCAGGAAAAGUUGCAAAAUACCGCGCCCUGUGGCUUCGACUUAGCAAAUUAGCCAGAAACACUGGAGUCGCGAACUGCUACACCUUCACAUUCGUCAAUCUCUACUUAUUUUUAAUAAUAACUCUAUCAAUUUACGGACUACUCAGUAAGAUUUCCGAAGGCUUUGGAACAAAAGACAUUGGUCUUGCUUUAACGGCUCUUUGCAGUGUAUUCCUACUCUUCUUUAUAUGUGACGAAGCACAUUAUGCUUCUCAUAACGUGAGAACAAACUUUCAAAAGAAACUGUUAAUGGUGGAGCUGUCGUGGAUGAACACAGAUGCACAAACUGAAGUGAACAUGUUCCUUCGAGCCACUGAAAUGAAUCCAUCUCAGAUCAGUCUUGGAGGAUUUUUUGACGUCAAUCGUACUCUUUUCAAAUCGUUACUAGCAACAAUGGUGACGUACUUAGUGGUGUUACUACAAUUCCAAAUUAGUAUUCCGGAUGCGACGCAGCCAGAAAUACCAACAAACAUAGAUGAUCACGUGCAAAAUAUAACGGACACCACAACAGAAGCAUCUUCACCUAUUUCAACCUUAAUGAGCGCUUUUGCGAAAAGAAAAAAUGAUUGAAAACCAGGGAUACAAAUUCAUUCGAUUUGUUCAUUUAUAACUGGCCAGGCUUAUCUACGACUAGAUUAGCGGGAAAUUCGGAGUGUUAAAAUUUUUAAUUACAUUAAUAAAUCCGUUCUUUCAUU